GAAAGCACGAGGAUCGCGACAGUUUCAUCAUUUACCUAUCACUUUUUUUCGCGAAAUUACAAAGAGGCUAUGGCAUCGAUCGUGGUACCGGUAGCACUGAGAUUCACUCGCAUCACGAUUGACAGUCUGCACAAUAUCAAUAAAAAUAUUUUAUUCAGUAGGUUAUCUCAACGAUCGUACAUUUCACGACGAAGACAAGAAUACAGUACAAUUAUAGAGGAAAAGAAGUCCGAUAAUGGUGAUCCACACUCUCCGCUAUCAGAGCUUACGGAAACCGAGAAGAAAUUGAAAUCCGACCUUGAACUCAUCAACAAAGAACUGACGGACCUUAGAAGUUACAAGAACGAGUUGGAAGACAAAUACAAAAGGGCACUCGCAGAUGGCGAAAAUCUUAGAGUUAGAUUAAUGAAACAGAUCGAUGACGCUAAACUGUUUGGCAUUCAAGGCUUCUGUAAAGAUCUCUUAGAAGUAGCAGACGUUUUAGGCAAAGCUACGGAAAGUGUACCGAAGGAUGAACUGAAUGACAAAAAUCCACAUUUAAAGACAUUGUACGAGGGUUUAAAGAUGACAGAAGCACAAAUGCACAAAGUAUUUAAGAAGCACGGUCUAGUCUCAUUAAAUCCAAUAAAUGAAAAGUUUGAUCCCAAUCAGCACGAAGCUUUGUUUCAACAGGAAGUUGAAGGUAAAGAAGCGGGAACGAUUGUAGUUGUAUCGAAAUUGGGAUACAAACUUCAUCAACGAGUAGUAAGACCAGCAUUAGUUGGUGUUGCUAAAGGAUAACUUACGAUUUUAUGUUAAUUAAUUUGAGAAAAAAACGGAUACAAUCCUUUAGAGGAUUUUAUAUCAUUGAUUCAAAUGUUGACUGGACCGUAAUAAUUGAAAGUGAAAUGUAAACUACAGAGUGUGAAUGCUAAAAAUUAAUACCAAAAGUAAGCAGAAUAUACAGAUUUCAUGAGAAA